AAUUCAGUAUGAAAUGAAGAGCAGAGAUAUAACUGGGUUUUAGUCUAACUAAAGCAGAGAUAAAAUAAAUCCUGGCGACAAACAAAUUGUUCCCUUUUCCCGGUUCCAUGUUCCAUUCAAGAGCCAGAGCGAUCAAUCAAGCACAUGCAAACCUUCUUCGCCAUUGCAGCAAUCCCAUACAAGCCCAACAGCCGUACCACACUUUCCGUCCCAACAAACCCAAGACCAAGCCCCGCCGCGAACGACUUCACAGAGACACCACAAAGCUUCGCAGGCCCAUCCCUUUCGUCUCCGAUGUCAAAGAAGUUGAAGAUCCAGAAGAAGCCUUGUCUCUGUUCUACGAGUACCACCAAAUGGGCUUCAAGCAUGACUACCCUUCUUACUCUGCUCUUCUCUACAAGCUCGCUCGUUCUCGAAACUUUGAAGCCGUCGAGACCAUUCUCGGCCAUGUACGAGAUCGAAACAUUCAUUGCAAAGAUACCCUUUUCAUUGCUCUGAUUCAACAUUAUGGGAAGGCCAAUUUGGUAGAGAAAGCCAUUGAGCUUUUUAACCAGAUGCCUUCUUUUAAUUGUGUCCGUACAUUGCAGGCCUUCAAUGCCCUCCUUAAUGUGCUUGUUGAUAGCGGAAGGUUUUUGGAAGCGGAUGAGAUUUUUGGUCGAAGUUCUAAAAUGGGUUUUCGGCCGAAUUCGAUUUCGUAUAAUAUUAUGAUGAAGGGGUGGCUUCAAAAGGGUGACGGGGAAGAAGCUUGCAAGGUGUUUGAUGAAAUGCUUGAGAAAAAAGUGCAACCUAGUGUUGUGACAUAUAAUAGUCUUAUAGGGUUUUUUGGUAGGAAGGGUGAGUUGGAAAAAGCUAAUGGUUUGCUUGAGGACAUGAAACAGAAAGGGAAGUACCCAAAUGCUGUAACAUAUGCAUUGUUGAUGGAAGGUUUCUGCAUGCUAGGAAAGCAUGAGGAAGCAAAGAAGAUGAUGUUUGAUAUGGAGUAUCGGGGUUGUAAACCACGGCUUCUGAAUUAUGGUGUUUUGAUGAGUGAUCUUGGAAGGAGAGGAAAGAUUGAUGAGGCAAAAUCUUUACUUCAAGAGAUGAAGAAAAGGCGGUUUAAGCCAGAUGUAGUGCUGUAUAACAUAUUGAUUAACUUUCUGUGCAAGGAAGGUAGGGCUGCAGAGGCUUAUAAAGUCUUGAUUGAAAUGCAAGUUGGAGGCUGUGUGCCUAAUGCAGCUACAUACAGGAUGAUGGUUGACGGGUUUUGUAAGAUUGAAGAUUUUGAGGGAGGUUUGAAGGUUUUGAUUGCAAUGUUGACAAGUAGACAUUGUCCUCGUUUAGAAACAUUUGAAUGUUUGGUUACGGGUCUAAUAAAGUGUGGGAAAAUUGAUGAUGCUUGUGUUGUUUUGGAGGAGAUGGAAAAGAGAAAUAUGCAAUUUUGUUUUGAAGCUUGGGAAGCUCUAGUUGUGGCUGCUUGUGGUGAGAAUGUUGUUGCAGGGGAGGUUGUGACUGAACUAAUCUCUGUCCAUUAAUGGUCAUCAAGGAAGAAAUGAACACAUGCCAUUUUGGCGUGACUUCUGUAGCUCUUUCAAGCCCCCCAUCCCGCACGGAGACAACUCAAUAAAGAUUGAUGGCAAGCCCCUUGUCCCACAUUUUUAAUGGGUGCUUUUAGCAAUGAUUGAGCUUUACCAUCCUGGAGAGUCGUACUAAUAUCGUAUGAUAGUUUAGUUCUAUGGAAAAAGAAAAAAGAAAAACUUUAUCCACAAGAGAAUCAUAGUGCUGCUUGACCCAUGGCUUGGAGCAAGAAGAAAUGUGCUCGUUUGGCUGAUGGGAAGGAGAAUUUUUUUUCUAAGGUAUUGGAAGCUCUAGUCUGUGAUGCUUGUAAAACAGAACUAAGCUAUGCCCACUGGUAGGCUUCACCAGAAAGAGGAAACUUUGUUUAAGAAUUGAAACAUUUCAUCAAUAUUAUGGGUGGUUGAUGCCAAAUGUAGUUUUCAGAAGGGUCACUAUGCUUGCGGUUGUUCAAAUAAAGGUUAGAUAAGCAAUGUAAGCUGAGCUAAAUCUAUGACCACUGCGGUAUUCAGGGAAGAGAGGAAGUUUUGUUCAAGAAUUGAACUGUUGAUGCGAGCAAAGUGUUGUUUCUGGGGAAGCUCUAGUUAGGAAUGCUCCUGGUGCAAAUAGAGGUUUGACAGGCAUGUAAAAUUGAAGUUAUCUUUACCCACUUGUGGGCUUCGGGGAAGAGAGAAAGCUUUAUAAAAGUUUGUCAAUAUUUUGGAAUGU